AGCUCAUAGUAGUUAUCUGUCAAAAUGUGAAUAAUUAUUGUUUGAUAUGUGUAUGAAUUAUUAAGUACAAAUUUUGUAGCAGCUAUAUAAUUUUCAUUAUGUCCUAUUCUAUCAAUAGAAGGCCUUUGCUAAAAGGUGCAUCGGAUAGUGAAUUUGAAGAUGAUUUAGAAACUGAGGCUGAUGAUCCAAAUAUUUCUGUUCCAGAUGCAAAACCAUUUUUAAAGCAAUAUGAACCUUGUGACAAAUAUAAUCUUACAUACAUUGUUUUUUAUAUACUUGGUAUGAAUACAUUAGUUCCUUGGAGCUUUCUCAUCACAGCUGAUGAUUAUUGGAUGUAUAAAUUUCGGGAAAUACAUGUAAAUUCUACGAAAGAUGUUAAUUACACCCAUUUAGAAAAUUUAGAAAAAAGAACUGACCUUCAAGCUAGUUUUACAUCGUAUUUAAGUGUUGCAAGUGCACUAUCAACUACAUUUUUUUUAAUUAUAAAUACAUUUAUGAGUAAAAAAGUUCCCUUAAGGAUAAGAAUGAUGGGCUCUCAAUGCACAAUAUUAUUAUUGUUCAUCUUGACAACAAUAUUUGUUAAAAUAAAUACAGAUAAAUGGCAAGAAACAUUUUUAUCAAUUACUUUAUCCACAGUGGUAUGUGUAAAUGCUGCAAGUGCAAUUUUUGGGGGAAGUUUAAUGGGUAUUGUUGGACGUUUUUCUCCAAAAUAUAUAACUGCUAUGCAAUGUGGACAAGCUCUUGGAGGAAUUAUUACUGCCAUAGCAGAAAUAUGUUCCUUAUGGAUUGGUGCUAGUCCUGUAGUUUCAGGCCUAGUUUAUUUUAUUAUUGGAGAUGUUAUAUUAUUUUUAUCUUUGGUGGCAUAUGUAAUGUUAGAAAAGACAAAAUUCUUUAAGCAUCAUACAGUAGAAAAAUUAUCCGAAAAUGUAGAGGCAGAUUUUUCGGUAACUGGGGAAGUAACUUUUCCACACGGCACUACAGUAUCUUACAUGCGUAUUAUUAAAAGAAUUUGGCAUUAUGGUAUUAGUAUACUUUUAGUAUCUUUUGUAUCUCUUUCUGUAUAUCCAGCACUUACUGUAUUAGUGGAAAGUCAGUAUAAAGGCAAAGGUUAUGCAUGGAAUGAUAUCUAUUUUGUACCUGUGGUGACCUACUUCAUUUUUGGUACUGGAGAUUUUGCUGGAAGAAUAUUAUCAGGUGUUUUUCAGUGGCCAAAACAUAAACCAUGGCAAGUUGUAUUUUUAAGUCUAAUAAGAGUUAUUUUUAUACCAGUUUUCACGUUUUGUAAUGCACAGCCACGAUAUCAUCUUCCUGUUUAUAUUCAUAGUGAUCUCUGUUACAUUUUAAUAACUAUAGUAUUUGCUAUCAGCAAUGGUUAUUUAUGUAAUUUGACAUUUAUUUUAACUCCUACAGUUGUAGAUUCACAAGAAAAGGAAAUUGCAUCUACCAUGAUGGGCGGAUUUCUUGGGAUGGGAUUAAUAUCAGGCGCUGCAUUCAGUUUGUUCAUGGUUAAAGCAAUUUAGUCACAAAGAAAAUAUAUAAAUGCAGGCAUUUAUGUCACUGCCCCCUGUAUAUUCAAAAUGAAUAGGACCACAGGACACGAUGUCCGAUCGUAUUGAAUGGAUGUAUUUAUUUUAUACAUCAUGACAAAAUUAAUGUUUCGCAUAUUGUAGUAAAUUAUUCUUUAAGUUUCUCUACAAUGAAAUUUGUCCAUUCCAUGAAUGUGUAAAAUAUUUUAUCUA